AUGGCGGGCUUCCGCAGCUGGGCGACAGUCAUUGCCAAUUUGCUGGUCCCCGUGGGCAUACUCACCUUCUCUUCAGGAUUCUUCCCCUAUAAACCGUUGAUUCCUGGUUUAGCGACUUUUGAUGAAACAGGCGAGAAUGUCACAGUAUCUGCGGUCUUUGAUAAAGUUAUCUUCAUGGUGGUCGAUGCGCUAAGGAGCGACUUUGUAUAUUCGAAUGAAUCGGGUUUCUUGUUUACACAGAGCUUGAUCCGGUCCGGGGCUGCAUUGCCAUUCACUGCCUAUGCGGGCGCUCCAACUGUUACAAUGCCUCGAUUAAAAGCCAUCACAACUGGUUCGGUCCCAUCUUUUCUGGACGUUAUUCUCAACGUCGCAGAAUCAGAUACCACAUCAACGCUGGCAUACCAGGACACCUGGUUGGCUCAAUUAAAGGCCACAGGAGGACGGCUUGUGAUGUAUGGGGAUGACACCUGGCUCAAGCUCUUUCCGGGGAUGUUUGACCGAGCUGAUGGAACUACAAGCUUCUUCGUGUCGGUCAGUUUUACUUUAGGCGUUUGUGUAUUCGCAGUAUUAGUAUUGAAACUGAGAUUCUUCUCGCAGGACUUCACCGAAGUAGAUCAUAAUGUGACUCGACACGUUCCUGACGAGCUUGCCCAGGAUGACUGGUCUGCUUUGAUCAUGCAUUACCUGGGUCUGGAUCACAUAGGACAUAAGGCUGGGCCGAAAAGUCCCUUCAUGUUACCGAAACAGCAUGAGAUGGACUCUGUGGUGAAUGAAAUCUAUACCGCAAUGCAGCAACAGGACCAUCUUCAAUCCACACUUUUCGUGUUGUGCGGUGAUCAUGGCAUGAACGAGGCUGGAAACCACGGCGGGUCCUCCGCUGGGGAGACAUCCCCCGCGUUGCUUUUCAUGUCACCCAAGUUUGAAGCCUUGGGCGGCCGAAGAGAAAGCCCUGUCGAACCAUUUGGCGAUAUGCAGUACUACCAGAUGGUUGAGCAAGCGGACAUUGCUCCAACCUUGGCGGGGCUUCUUGGUAUCCCAAUUCCUUUAAACAGCCUUGGUGUAUUCAUUCCGGACUUUUUGGAGAUGUGGGAUCAUGGUUCUCAUAAGCUUCGAAUCUUGUAUCAGAAUGCCGAGCAGCUGCUGAACACGUUGACAACUACAUUCCCUGGAUUUACGUUUGGCCCCGAUAUUAGUACAUCCUGUGCUUCGGAAGUCCCAUCCGGUAUUGAGGGAGCUCAAUGUGCUUGGGCUCGAGUCCAGCGACUUCUCUCUGAUAGGGAUGAAGCAGAUGAUUCUUACUCUACAGCUGGCCCGGCUUUGUUGCAGUUCUUAAGGAUUGCACAGGAGGUCAUGAGCCGUACAGCUAGUAACUACGAUGUCUCCAGACUCACUCUGGGCCUGUUGAUCACGGUGAUUGCAGGUUUACUUGUACUUCCGGCCACAUACAAGGAGUGUACACGUCACAGAUCUUCGGGGAUGUUUUUGAUGCUCAUGAUCAUCACCUGUGGGAUGAUGAUGUUUGCGAGUAGCUAUGUGGAAGAAGAGCAACAGUUCUGGUAUUGGAUCUGCUCGGGAUGGAUUGUCUACCUGCAUAUCAAGUCGCAGUCAUCUGCAAAACCGGUCUCACACAAACGCUUUGGAUCAUCAGUAUAUUGGUCUGACAAAUGCAUCAUUCUUGUGCUCGCAAUCACCCAGAGGCUCUUGCGACGAUGGAACCAAACGGGACAGAAAUUCGCGGCCGAGCCUGAUAUUGCUCGCACCUUCUUUGCACGCCGUCCAGAAAUCUUCUGGGUUCUUCUCAUCCUCACGUACGUGGAUGCCGGUUGUCGUCUCUUCAGGAGUAUACCAAUAUCUGGGAUAUUAAAGUUCGGUGCCUUCGCCCCUGCCGUGUUGGCCUUUACGUUCAAGUUGCACUUCGUGACUUCGGAAUCCCCCGAACUCCUUGAUGGGAUGUUCAUCUCGCAAAUCAUGAAGGAAUGGCCCUACAGUCUAUCAUUGGUUCUACAUGCAAGACUUGUGUUCUAUGGACUUGCUGUCAUUGUUUUGCUAGCGCUCUUUGGAGAACGAUCAAGAGUUGCCCGAGGGCCACAUGAUAUGAUUCAUGAAGCCCUGCACAUCUUCCUAAUGACGCAGUCUCGUGCCACUAAUGUCCCCUUGUUCCUGAUUUUCCGAAUUCAGGCCGGCAUUCUCUCUUCCAUGAACCUCACAGGGAUCGAAGUGACAAUCACAACCUUGAUCUUCCAAUAUAUGACGUUCUUCGCGUUUGGUGGCUCCAAUGCAAUCUCCUCUGUGGACCUUGCUAGUGGAUAUAAUGGUGUCGACAGCUACAGCGUGGUACUAGUGGGCGUUCUCACCUUCGCGAGCAACUGGGCAGGACCUAUCUGGUGGGCUUCCCAAAGCCAUCGUCUCCGGCCGAAGAAUCCUACAGAACAAGACCCCUCGGCACUGUUGACCUUCCAUGUUGCCAUGUCCUUGGUUUCUGUCAUGGCCGCCUGCACAGCCCUCCGGACGCAUCUUUUCAUCUGGACCGUGUUCUCCCCCAAAUAUCUCUACAGUAUGGCGUGGGCUACUGCUAAUCAUGUUGCUGUCAAUUUACUGGGCGAGGUUAUUUUCUCUCGAUCUCGAUCUCAUUAUUCAUAA